CCCAGUCCUUACCUUCACAGCCCCUUGCAGGCCCUGUGGGUCCCAUCUGGCCUCCCCAGGGCUGUUGCCUGGAAUGCUGCUCCUCUGGGUUUGCCCUGGUGACUCCUAGCUUCCGGCACAUUUUGAGAGCAUCUUUGAUGGCCACGCCUAGCACCUGCCUCUUUCCUGGUUUCGGUGCGUGCCUUGUUCCUUACCCUUCCAUCCCUUUACUUUUUUUGUUUUCCCACGUUGGGCUUUAAACUCCUUGAGGUCGGGUAUCAUCUGCAGAACGACCCAGGCCCCUGGGCCCCAGGCACACAAGUGUGCGUGCCAGAAUUAACCGACAGAACAGCGUGCAGCUCUGCCAACCCUCAGCUCCCGUUUAGCAGGGGUGUGUGGGGCAGCAGAGGCCCUGAGCCCAGCCCCCUAGAGGAAGGGGGGAGGGCGACAGGUCCCGAACUCGCCACCCACAUUCUGUGCCCAGAGAAUGGUUUCCAGGGAACAAAGGGCGGGGCUGGAAACAAGGGCUGAGCUCGCAGAGGCUGUGGCGCGCCGAGGGAGGCGGCAAGGGCUCAUGCAGGGCCCUGGCGCGGCCCUGCUUCUGUGCGCGGGGGAGCUGGGGCCCGCACGCCUGGGCUCCACCGCCUGGUACCGCCCAGAGGGCGGCUCGUGGGGCGGUUGGCCACGGGAGCUGCAGCUGCCUGAGCCCCGCAUCAGUUCCGCCGCCCCUUGGCCCUGGGCGAGCCACUCCCAGCGGCAGCUCAGGAGGCUGCCACCGCCGCGGAGGCUGCCAUGGCUUGGGCCCGCCUCCGCCAGGCCGGAGGGGGACUGCGCAGGCGGCGGCGAACGGCAGGCCGGCAGCCCCGCCCCUGCGCGCCCUCUCGAUCAGGCCUUCGAGAAGCUUGCCCAGGGCCCCCACACCCCGAGCGCCGCAGGUCCCCGCCCCCUCGGCCCCGUGCACGCUCCGACCCUGGAUGAUGCCCCGCUGCGGGACGGUUCCCUCUGGGGAGGAGUCUCCAAGGCAUCUCACCACAUGGGCCGGCUCAAAAAUGCCAAACUCCACGUGGAGAGGGCUGUCAAGCAGAAGAAGGUCUUUAUGAUCCAGGGCCACUACCCGGUGAUCCGCUGUCUUUUGCGCCAGAGGGGCUGGGUGGAGAAGAGGAUGGUCCAUCACAUGAACGCCAGCACGCUGCUGCCACCCCACAAGGAUCUGGAUAGCUCAGGGGUGGGGGACAGUGACACCCCUGAAGAUGAAGAUGACGAUGCAGAUGAAGAGUUCCAACCACCACCGCCCUUCAGCUUCGAAAGUUUUCUGGAAUGUGCUGACGCAGAGGGGACACACGCCUUAAUGUCUCGCAUGGUUCGCAACGAGACACCCUACUUCAUCUGGACGACUCGGCGGGACGUGCUGGACUAUCGCUUCCUCUCCAAGGAUCAGAUCAUAAACCACUAUGCCCGGGCUGGCGCCUUCACCACCAAGGUGGGCCUCUGUCUCAAUCUGCGCAACUUGCCCUGGUUUGAUGAGGCCGAUGCUGACUCCUUCUUCCCACGCUGCUACCGUCUGGGGGCCGAGGAUGACAAGAAAGCCUUCAUAGAGGACUUCUGGCUGACAGCUGCCCGCAACGUUCUCAAGCUGGUGGUGAAGUCCGAAUGGAAGUCAUACUCUGCCCAGGCCGAAGAGGAAGAGGCCGCAGGAAACAAACAACCUAAGAAACAGAAGAAGCCGCUCGUUGUGUCCCCCGAGUUCGUGGACGAGGCCCUGAGUGCAUGCGAAGAGCACCUUAGCAGCCUGGCCCACCUGGACAUCGACAAGGAUGUGGGGGCCCCGCUGUGCUGGAGCCCCGAGGGCUGGUCCUUCUUCCUGCAGCGCUACUACCAGGUGGUCCACGAGGGAGCAGAACUCAGGCACCGGGACACCCAGGUCCAGCGCUGUGAGGACGUCCUGCAGCGGCUGCGGGCCGUGGUACCCCAGAUGGACAUGGAAGGGGAUCGCAACAUCUGGAUCGUGAAGCCAGGAGCCAAGUCCCGUGGACGAGGUGGGGGUCAGCCCUUGCUCCCUGCACCUCACCCCGCGGCGAGGUUCCCCACGUGCGGCCCGGGCUCAAGUCCCAGCCCUGGUCCUCUGUGUCACUGGACUGUUCUAGCUCAGCUUUCUGCUCCCUGCCCUAGCGCGGUGCACCUGUGCAACAACUCCAUCCAGAAGCACCUGGAGAACUCGUGCCGCCGGCACCCAAUGCUGCCCACGGACAACAUGUGGUGCAGCCAGAAGUUCCAGGCCCAUCUGAAGGACAUGGGGGCCCCCGACGCCUGGUCCGGCGUCAUUGUGCCUGGCAUGAAGGCUGCCGUGAUCCACGCGCUGCAGACCUCGCAGGACGCCGUGCAGUGCCGGAAGGCCAGCUUCGAGCUCUACGGGGCGGACUUCCUGUUUGGGGAGGACUUCCAGCCCUGGCUGAUCGAGAUCAACGCCAGCCCCUCCAUGGCGCCCUCCACGCCCGUCACGUCCCGGCUCUGUGCCUGCGUGCAAGCAGACACCCUGCGCGUGGUCAUCGACCGGCGGCUGGACCGCAGCUGUGACACGGGGGCCUUCGAGCUCAUCUAUAAACAGCCCGUCGUGGAGGUGCCCCAGUAUGUGGGGACCCGGCUCCUGGUGGAAGGCUGCACCAUCAAGAAGCCCCUGGCGAUGUGUCACCGGCGGGUCAGGGCCCGCCCGGCCCUCCCUCACCUGCCGACUCAGCGAGGCGCUGGGGAAGGCAAGGACUCUUCUAGGAACGCUGCUGGGCCCAGAAGCCAGGGACACAGGGAGAAGCCGGACAGCAUGUCCACCACCACGGCCCCCGGAAAGGGGAAGAAAGGCAAGGCGAAAAGUGCCGCCGCCCUGGCCCGCCCCCGGCUCCGGAAGUGGGACCCCUCCGGCUCCAGGAUGGGCUGCAUUUUCACCAUGACCUUUGGUAGUGGAGACAGGCAACCCCACCCCCUGGACAGAUUGCCAUUGAGUCCGAAGAACCCCCAGGCCCUGGCCCCUUACCACCUCCCCAGCCUUCACAUCCAGGCCCGGCUGCCUUCUCCCCCUGGGCUCUGGCCCCAGGGGCGGGGUCUCAGGCUGCACCCCCACAAGCUGUUGGGCUCUAAGGCCCUGUCGACCACAGGCAAGGCCCUGAUGACUCUACCUACGGCCAAGGUUUUCAUUUCCCUCCCACCCAACCCUGAGCUCAAGCUGGCACCCGGCGUCCUGAAGCCAACAAAGGUGGGCCUUGAACGGUGACUGCCCCUGGUGGGCAGUGCCGGGCCCCCGGGCAGGGUCGGAGGGCCGCUCUCCAGACGGAUUCCUGAUCCUCUCCCUCUCUUCCCUCCUUUCACACCGAGGCUGCUGCUCCCCGGCACCUUCAGAGCCCCCGUCCUGGAAGGGCCUUGUGGCAUCUGCCGUUUGACGUCGGAGCCCUCCCUGACACCCACAGGAAGGUCCAGGCCAGACGCGGUGACAAAUCCAAGGCCAAGGCGUGCCCCAU